AUAUUUCAUUUCAUUCACCAACAAGAGCUUAGACAAAUUAAGCUACCUUUGCUAGAAACAUAAAAGCUAAAGAGAAACCAAUUAAGCAGAAAAUGUCUUUUGAUCAAAAGACACGUGAAGCUGAUCGUAUCUAUGAUGAAUUUGAACCACCCUCUGAUUGGGAUCAUGAGGAUACAAGUGACACACUUAUUCUUAUGCUUCCAGGAUUUAAGAAGGAUCAAUUGAGGGUUCAAGUAACCUCAACCCGGGUGCUAAGGGUUAGUGGUGAAAGACAAAUGAAUGAGAAAAAAUGGCGUCGAUUUCGCAAAGAAUUUUCAAUACCACCUCAUUCUGAUACAAAUAACAUUGGUGCCAAAUUUGAAGCUGGAAUCUUAUAUAUUAAGCUUCCAAAACUCAUCAGCCAACAAAAUAUAGUUCCAACACCAACCAAACCAACAACACAACAAGAACCUCAAAAGCCUCAGCAACCAGCAACAAUUCCUCAGAAACCAAACACUGCUCCUCAAGUUUCUGAUCAGAAAAAACAAGUAGUGCAACAAGAACCAAAGAAAGAAAUUGAAGAAGUGUCUCAAAGGAAGGGAAAAGGUAAAGCUGAGGAAUUAAAAGAAGAUAUUGAUGAUGUGAAUAACAAAGUUGCAUCAAAAGUUGCUGAAAAAAAGUCAUUGACUAUGGAAAUGGUUUCAAGACAGAGACAAGAAUAUGUGAAUGCAUUAUGUGGUUUGGUUGAUGAAGUUAAGAAGCAGAAGAAGCUGGUUAAUUUGUUGGUGCUUGUGUUUUUGGUCUUGCUGUUUGGUCUCUAUGUUAAGAAUGUAAUUAAUUCAUUUUUUUCAGGAGGACACAAAAACCAAGAGUUGUAAUUUGAUUAAUUACAACUCAAUUGUGUUAUGAUGUCAAUAAGUACGGUAUUGAUAGAAGAAUUAUCAGCAUGUGUAAUAAUUGUAUAAGAAUAAAGAAUGUUUAUGUUUCUAAUUAUUA